CCCUCUCGAGGAAAAACUAUUUCCGAAUCCUUUACGAUCGCUCUACCAGAGCACCGCCAGCCACUUUAAGUAUGAGCAAGAGCAGCGUAGGGGAAAAGAACGACCAAGUGCCUUCGAUUACACCUAGCAGCAACGGCAACAGCAACAGCAACAGCAUCAACAAUGCCAAGGCUGGCAACGACGACGACAGACAAUGCCCUCCGGUAUCCGCCGCGAAGGUCGACCCCAAGAAACAAACGGUAGUCCUCUGUGCCAGUUGCGAUAGAUGCCGUGCUCGCAAGACCAGAUGCGAUGGGAAAAGACCCUGUGGGAACUGUGCCUCUCGGUAUAUGAAGAAGCACAAACUUACCAGGUACGUUGCGAUAGAUUCGCUGCUGGAAGAGUAAAGCACGUACUGUUCAUCGAUGUAUUUUCUACGCAUUUUGUCUGUAGCAGUACUGUAUUUGGAUUUCACGCUACCAACAAAAAGGUUGUCGCCCGUUCCCCGUUCACAAGUCGACAAUAAAGUAGUGGUUGAAUACUUUCUCUCCCAUGAAGCAAAAGCUGUACAUUUUGCUUCAUCGAAGGACAUGGCCAAGAACCAUACGGCCUUCACAUGGCUGGUAGUUAGGUGUCAAGUUUGAUCUCCUCACGUGCAUUUUUAUCUCUCUAUUUUUUCGUGAUUUCUCGUCUUUACCAACCAAUGACCGUACGAUACUCCAAUGUUAUUGCCUUCAAUAAUUCUGCGAACGCAACAAUGUUUCGCUAAUGCACAUCCCGUGAAAUCAUAUGCAUCAAUGCUUCACGAAUGGAACAUCACCAACUGCGACAACUGCGUUUGGGAAAUACUCAUAAAAUGCACAGUAUCGAGGGCGUUGAUGUUGCCUUAUUUGAAUGCAACUACUCCCCCGCCAAGAGACGCGGGCCAGUCCCCGGCCGUGCCGGUCAGACCAGGAAAGCCGCGGAAGCCUUUGGAAACUCGAUUGGGGGACGCGGUCGCUUUGGAGCCCCUAACUUUCUGUCCCAUGCCGGUGUCAACAGCGAUGCCCUGCAAACACUGGGUGGAGUCGCGGCCCACCGCAGCUCCGGCAUGAUGUCGGCGACGACUCAGAGCGCCCUGGAAGCUAUACAGAUGCGCCAGAUGAUGGCCAUGAAGAUGGGGAAUGGGAUGGGGACUGUGGUGUCACGAGGGGGAGGCGGAAGCAUCCAGGGAAUCAUGGGAAGAACACUUGGUGGUGCAGGUGCAUCAGGCCACGGAUCUAUGCCCGGAGGAUUGGCUGCGAUGAACAGUGGCAGCCAGCAGCGCCAGCACAUCCAGCAGCAACUCAAUCUGAUUCAGCAGCUACAGGCCCAGCAGCAAAUGGGCAGCGGGGGAGGUGUUGCCGAUGGCGGACUCGGAGCAAUUGCACAGCGGGGAGAUUCGAGCAGCGGGAUUGCUAGUGCAGCAAUGGGUUUGCCCUCGAUUGAUGGCGUGGAGGCGGCUCGCCGGAUGAAAUUAAACGACCAAACAAACCAGUCGCUCUCACAGCUACAACUACAGCAGGAGCGGCAGCUUCUGCAACAGCAGGUUCAACAGCAGCAGCAUCAACAACAACAGCAACAUCGACGACGACGACAACAACAGCAACAGCAGCAGCAGCAGCAGCAGCAGCAACAACAACAACCAUCGCAACUCCAAACCAACAACGGAGGAACGGACGCAAACGGUGUCCCAAAAACGAUUGCGGCGCAUACCCACCUCUUGGAGCUGAGCGAUCCCGAUGGCAGUCGCCUCAGGGCCUUCUACCGAUUGAGUGUCGACGAACUAUUUGGGUUUCCGCCUACUCCGACCGACGAGGAAUACUGUGCCCGUCUCAACAUUCCCGGUAUGACCCCAAGAAUGAUCCCCGGAACCCAUCUUGCGGCCUUGAGUGCCGCACGGUUUGCCGAGGUGGCACUGGGGGCCAUUGUCCACAACGAGGCCCCGCUAGCCAUGGAAUUGUGCAACGCGGUUGUGCACUGCCUGAAGGAAUCCGUCCAAGAGCCGGUGCAACCCCCCUAUAUGUUUGAGGUGGCUCGAUCCUACUUUUUGCUGGCUGUCUUUCGAGCCUUUCGAGGCGACACUGUCCGGUAUUUCAAGUACCGCAGAGUCUGUCUUACGUAUGUUUCGAAGCUGGAGGUACGCUUUUGUUUCCAUGGAAAGUGCUGUCUGUACUAGGUUUCGACGAAAUCUUCGGAAUGUUUUCGAUGGUCCAAAUUCUCAUCUGUUUUCGAUUUCCACCGUUGCACUAUUUUUUGUGUCUUUCUCUUCUCUCAAAGAAUGCCACUAGUGCGACAACCCUGGUAGCUGCGGUUUCGUUUUUGGAUGCUUGGGCGUACAUGAUCUACAAUGCCGAUGAAAAGAAAGUUCCCCGCAUCGAUACUUCUAUCCCACCGGUCGAACGUCCACCACAAUCCAUGCUAGCCAGGCCUACGGCGGUAGAAAUGGAAUACAACGUCCGGUGCAAUCCCGCGUGCAUUGCAUCGGAUCCCAGAAACCAAAAUUGGAUCCAGGGGGCACCGCCGGUCUUUCUCAACAACGAGGCACCGCUUCGUGCCCGAUCUUUGGAUGCAUUGGCCUGUGCCGUCCGAACCUGCUGCGAUCAAGCCAACGGUCGGUUUGCUGCCAUUUCAAAGGAAGCCAAGGCCGACAACAUGGAAGCGAUUCCGCAAGAAUCCAUCAUCACUCCGACAACCACGGCCGUAUUGGCCCACGAAAACGAAUUGUGUAGCCGGAACAUGGUGUUGUCGGGCUUUAGUCUCUUGGAACAGUACGAACAGGUAACUCCCAAUUCGCACAAGAAUCAAGGCAUGCAUUUGGUCAUGUCGGCCAUGGACGCCUUCCUCGACAAUGGGGACGACGGAGGUGAAGGAGGUUUUACGGAUUCACAGAUCCAAUCGCUGCUGAGCGUCGCAAACAUUGUCAUCGAAAACCCCUUGCUUCUCCACCACGCCGGCCCUACCUACCACAUGGUAUCCAAUGCGGCGGUCAUGCUUUGCCAUCUCUUGAACAGCAUGUACGUGAUGAAGGGAGGAGCCGAGGGGAUUCGAAAAGACCAAGAACUGGGGGGGGGCAUGGAAGCGGCCAUGUUCGAAGAGAUCCUCGACACGUUUACCGCGCUGCGCAAGCUCCUGGUGAUCCACCGGCGAAAACUGCCCAUCAAGCUGCGCUGCCACAGCAUCCCUCGGCCUUCCCUGGUCGCCUUUGAGAACGGGAAACCCUUUGUCGAUCUGGGGGAAACCCUGCUCUGUGCCUGCCGGGGAUGCCAGGGGUUUGUGCUCAUGGCCUGCUCGCCGGUGGUCGCCGCGCAAAAGGCCCAGGCGGCCGCGACGAAGCGGAGCGUCGAGGCGGCCCGGGAGGCGCAGGUGGAAGCCGCGGACGAACUUGACAAGACCCUGGACGAUCUGAGCCACGAUUUCAACCUAGACGACGAUGCCCUGCUGGGAAUGCUGUCGCAGCUGAUUUCCGGUUGAUGGCAUGGCUCGUGACACGCAACGUGCUGCGCAUCGAGAAUCGCCGGCCGCGUACCGAGCGGAAAGGAAGCGACGAGAGGUCCGUGCUGUCCGGUACGGUACGGUACGCUACGUUGUUUCGUGCGUGCUGGUUUUGCUCGCCGCCGGCGUUCUAGUUCCUUUCCACGGUGUGCGACGGUGCAUGCAUGGAACGGCCAGCAGAGAGUGAACCAAAGAAGUUUCCAAGAUAUUACUGUAUGUAGCCUAAGCAAGUCGAAGGGUGCAAUUGUUCGUUACUACUUCUACUAUUGUUCAGGCACUCCUGAGUUUUACUUAGUCCUACCGUAAAUACAUACCUACAUAUAUGCAUACAUACACACAGGCAUACACCAGGGUCUAGCGUCUAGCGUCUAGCGUCUAGCGUGGUACCGUGUGCACGGUGUUGUUAUUGUGCGUACUAGGAAACUGUGCAGGAUGGUCGUUCUCCUGCUCGAUGCUGUAACAAGCAGCAGUGUGGGGGCAGUGGUUUGCGUGGUUUGUGUUGCGGAACCGACCCGGCAGUAGUACGUGCGUACGCACGGUACUCCUCCGGUGGCAGAGCAAACUGCCGUGUGGUCCAAAAGGCCGAUCGCGGUGGUGGUCGUUUCGGAUCGCAAGACCAAGAGCGCCGGUCUCCGCGUUUCAAACCUGCGGCGGGGAGGCCGCACGACACAACUGCAACCCCCGGUGCCAAAGAACCCUUGGUGUGCUGCAGUACUCGGCUCCCCGGUUUCGUUUCGGGACGGACCGAUGCUCCGAAUGCAACCGGAUCUGCAUCAAUUCGAAGGAGUACAGAAUCCGCAUCGCAUCGCAUCGAGUCAGUAGAGAAUCCGAGGUCCAAGCGUUCUCCGCACCACGUUCGGUGUUGUGUCUGUCGGUCUUAAACCCUGGUUUGGUCGUCGUCGUCGUCGUCGUCGUCUCUCGCCCCACGCAGCCGGUGUCUGGUGUUUGGUACUUGGUGUUUGGUACUUGGUGUUUGGUACCUGGUGUUUGGUAUUGUUAUCUAGGCACGGUAUGCCUAUGCGU